CCAACUGUCGGUAGUGGUUUGUUGUGUGUUAUUUUUCUACAUUUUGAAGUUGAUACAACUGUUAUAUUACUAGUUUUGUGCUCGACAAAAGUGUACCUCCUUCAAAAUUAACAGCCCCAAUCUUCAACUUGGUUUAACGAUUGAAUGGAGAGGUAGCAAACGACUUCGCAGAUAUUGAAUCAGCAUGGUUACCGUACUAUAAGAUCAUUUUAAUUCUGAAAACCAACUUGAGUAUUUAAGGAAAAUGGUGAGGUGAUAACUACAAGAUGGAGUGCGAGGAGCGGCCCCACGGUGACGAAAUCCUGCGGUCAGGGGUGAGGAGGAAGGCCGAAGGCCCCCCGCCCCAGCUGCCCCCCAGGCCAUUGCAGUGCCCCCAGUCCCAUAUGGAGGCACAUCUCACCAAGAAGAGAUUAAGGAAAUAUGUGUUCCUCUGCUCUGUAUGUGGUGGACUUGCUUCACUACUUGGGGGACUCUUCCUAGGUGUUUAUGUUAUCCUUAGAUCAUACACCUCUUCAUUAGGCUAUUUUGAAACCAUACCUACAUACAUACCUGCAGCGAUGUUACUACUGACAGGGCUUGGGAUUAUGUGUUUAGCAAGAAGAAAAAAUAGAUAUGCGUUAUUGAUUAAAGUAUGUGGAGUGUGCUGUUUAAUGUGUGCUGGCACAUGUAUUAUGGUAACAGUGACAACAACCGUCAUUCACAUGAGUCGAUUGCAGUCACUUCGAGAGUGCGUCUACACAACCAAAACCCUAACUUGUACCUGCUAUUCAAUACUGCUCUCAAAAGAAGGACAGAGACCAGACGAUGGUGCCCAUUAUGUGUUCAAUUCAACACCAAAUUGUGAAGUGAUCCAUGGAGCUCUUUAUUCCUGCCUAAGAGCAAUGUUUGGAUUGUCAGUCAUUGGGAUCCUUGUCUGCAUUUUCUGCUGUAUGCUUGUUUAUCAACUCCUCAGCCAUGAGAGGAAGAAGAUGUAUUGGGAACAGCUGGAAUUGCGCUGCAGGUACCUCUACGGCCAGCCGAGAAACCAACCUGUGAUCUCUCCACCACAACGAUGCAGCCAUUGUGCUUGUUCCCAACAGUUUUCUUACCCUCAAGCCACUGACCCAACCUUUGAAAACAGACAGUGGACGGGUGGAAGAAUAGGAAACCUUUACUCUCCAAAUCCUGAGCCAGUUUCUACUGGUUGGGGCUGGAGGUUACCUUGGUCUCGUGACCAACGCCAGCAUCAAGAACCAAGCAGGGGUAGUAGUAGAGACGGGAGAGCUUCACGUGAAGGACAGAGCAGUGGAGCUGACUCUCAGUACGGGUUCUCCGAAGGUGGGACAGUUGGCAGGACUGCUGGGCUCGCCACAGUGUCAGGGCUUAGUCCUUGGGGACCUCCGCCUCCAUAUUCUGAUCCCAACUCUCCUCGUCGCCAGCAUUCUUCUGUCAACACCACUGAAGAUAAUCAGGUGUUUUCUCCAAGAGUGAAAUAUCUUCGAGAAAAACGUCCUGAAUUAUCAGAAUCUGAAGUAUAUUUUGCGGAUGUAAGCAGUUGUUGCAAUGGUUCAAUAAGAAAUGAUUCAUUAGUUUAUGAUGAACCACAGGAGAGAACAAAAACAAACCAUCGUUUUCCAAACAUCCCAGAAGAGAGGGCAUCCCCUGACUCAGAAGUAGCUGAGGAUGGUUCUGAGGAAGACGACCCGGAGCUAGUUAGUUUCAGCCGCCGUAACAAUCUUACUAGGUCUCAUCGGAACAGGUUGGAUCUCUCACAGGCAACUGAAGAUUUUUCACAGAUGUCUGUCGACUCUGUGGGCCAGGCUGAUUCACCAUGGGGUUCUCCAGAUUUCUUGGCACCCGAUGCUCAAUAUGAAACUAUCCCUGAACCAAUAGGAUUCAACGAACGAAGACCACCAACCAGAGACAACUUUACAGAAUUGAAUGGUAAUAAGCAGCCAGUUGACAGGUGCAAUAAUCCUCACUACUAUGGAGGUGAGUAUCAGUCACGUUACACUAAUCCAGAUGGUCUUCUUCGCCACCAUUACGAAGAGAUUCAAGAACCUCCAACACAAAGGAUAUCAGAAACAAGCAUGGGAAAUUCUCCUGUGUUUGGAAGUCGCUUAUUUCCAAAUCCUCCAAGAAGACAUUCACCAGAAUGCAUUGCCCUGGUUGAUGAGUCACUUUGUUCGCAUAAUGAUUCAUCAUGUCGUUGCUCAAUGAGUAUCAAUAGUAGAGUUGAAGAUAAUGUUCCAAAUUAGCAUCACAUCGAUCUGUAAACAUUAAAAAAACGAAUAAAUAAUACCUCCAUAGUUCCUUAAUGAGAUAUUUAUUAUGUAAUGGAUUUGAAAUAUUUACACAAAAGUGGUUUAUUUUUACUAUAAGUCCCUACUUAUUCAAAGAUUAUUAAUUUAGGGGAUGUUUUUAAAUUUUUCAUAAUAAAUAAUUUAUUUAUUGUGGUAGAUUGUGGAAUUGAAUUAAUUUAAUUUAUUUCAAAUCUUAUUAAAGUUUGUUUUUCAGAUUGAUACUUGAUAAUAUUUAAAGGUUCUGGGUAAGAAAGCAGAAUUAUAUGUUGCUUUUCAAAAAAAUGUGUUUCGUCUUUAAAGGGUAUCUAAAGUACGGUCAUUUAGGGGUAAUACCUUCAAGUAUAUUUUUUUUUUAAAUCUUAUUUAAAAAUAUACUGCACCCCCAGUUUUUUAGAAGACUGACUAAUUUAACAUGAUUUUGAAAAAUAUUGAUGUAUAUACCCAUCACGGUGUUCUCCACAUUGCUGGAAUGAUGUAUGUUAUUAUUGAACUCAAUUCUAAUGAUUGUAGUUAUGGAACAAUUUUUGAAACAAAAGAAAACUUUGUUUCCACCUUUUAUAAAUUAUCAAGUUGUAUAAUAGAAAGAAAUUAUUUUAUCAGUUGCUAAUACAAUGUUAAUUAUUCUUCCUCAAUUACAAUCAUUACUUUAGAAUAAAAAAACACUUAGAUUUAACAAAACUACACCCUUAUAGAAACCAAAGUACAGUAGUUACAUAAUUGCAGUGUUAUAGCUGCUAUAUUUUCAUAAAUUUAUAAAAUGUAACAUAGACUAAAACAUGUUCACUUAAAACGAAUACAAUAGUUUGAUAUCUAUAUUUAUUUUCAAUGAUUAGAAAUUAUUUUUUAAUCAUUAAUUUGCUCUUUUGUAAUAGAUAUAUAUAUUGAAUAAAAAAAAUAACCUAAAUGUAUAAAAGGAUCAUUUAUUAGUACAAUUAUAAAUUAUAAAUGCCUCUGUUGAUUGUUGGCCUAAUAAUUAAUGUUUUAUUUUAUUGUCUCUAAUAUGGCAUAGAAAUCUAAAACUUAGUUAAUUUAUUGUGAUUAAUCAAAUAUAAGAGAACUGCUAUUGUAUUUUUUUAAAUAUGAUUUGAAUGAAAACCUGUUGAAUAAUAAUUUCAUUUUCACUUUUAAAUUUUUUUAGUAUACAUACCAGUAUGUGUAAAAAAUAAUAAUAGCGAGAUUUUUUUUUUUUUUUCCUGAAAAUUCUAGAAACAACUAUCUAUUUCAUAGAGAAAUAACAUCGUGUUUCAUAAAAAAGCCAUUCCCGAUUUAGUUACUCGAUUAUUUUAUGCUUACAUAAUCAAAGAAAUUCUUAAAAAUAUCAUUUAGACUUUUAAAAAAGUUUUCAGGAUGACUAUAAAAAAAAUUUGACCCGAUUGCAUUACUUUCCUUACCUAGUAUACGUAGGAAAGUAAAAAUGUAUAAACUUUGGAAUUACUUUAUUUUAUAUAUCUUUAUUGCAUUAUUUCAUGACUUUUUUGUUUCUUUUCACUUCAGUUUGUUUCUUGCCAAAUAAUGAAUAAGUCCGAAAGAUUAUUUAAAGAAAUUUUUUUUAAAAUCUUAAAAAAAAUUAUGUAUAUGCAAAGAAUAUGUUUAUUGUGAUAAAUAUAGUUUCAACAACCAUUUAAUUUAUACUGUUUAACUUCUUUGAAUAGACUAUGAAAUUAUUACUUUUCUUGUUUUUUUAAUGAAUAUUUUAGGAAAUUAUUAUGAAAUAACAAUUUCAUUUGAAGACUUAUUUUGCAGUAGUGUAAUAAGAUGGUGCUUGUAAAAAUCACAAUAAUUUUAAAGUUUCCUGAAUGUUAGAUAUUGAUACAAGAAUAUACUGAUAAAGUAAAAAGACUUAAAAACAGUAUUUUAUGUUGUACAGUAUUUGUAUGUUGAUAAAUUAGACAUUAUUGUAGACUUAUUUGUUUUCUGUUAUUUGUUAUUAAGAAGUGUUUGUAUAAGAUUGUAUCAUAUGUGCCUUAGGCUUUCUAGAUAAUUAUUGCUUUUAAUUGUAUGUUUAAUUUAUGUAAUGUUAUAUUUAUAUGCAAUAUACUGUAUACAUAUUUGAGCUAGAUUAUAAAAGUACUUGUAUAUAUAUGGUAUAUAUUUAUUACUGUAAUUUAGAUAUGAAUGACAAUAUCUUGUUAUAAUAAUAAUAAUAAAUUUUUUCUAACAAAAGAGAAAAAUACUGAAGUAUUU